AUGUCGAUUGACGGUACAUCUUUCAGAACAGAACUCCGCAACACAAAAGUUCUAGAAGGACCCUUCCCACCCCUAAAUUUCGACAAAUUCCCCCCAACCCCCCAAGAUGCCUUCAAGAAUUGGUUCCACGAAGCUGUGACAGCAAACGUGCGUGAACCACACGCCAUGACGCUCUCAACAGUCGACGAAGAAGGAUGCCCAGAUGCGCGUGUCCUCAUCCUCAAGAACGUUGAUAAUCGCGGCUGGCAUUUCGCCGUCAAGGCUGACAGUCCCAAAGGCAAACAGUUGGCUGGGAAUGGAGCUGCGGCUUUAACUUUCUAUUGGCCCUUGCUUGCUAGACAAGUGAGGGUUAGGGGGAUAGCUAUUGCGUUGCCUGACGAGGAGAGUGCGUUGGAUUAUCAGGCUAGACCUGUUGCUUCGAAGGUUGGUGCUGUUGCGUCGGAGCAGAGUGAGGUCCUUGGUGACUGGAAGGAUUUGGAGAGGAAGUUAAUUGCUACUGAGGAGGCUUUAGGGAAGAAUUCUAUGACUGGGGUUGAGAAGUGGAGGGUUUAUGCUGUUGAUGCUAGUUCUGUUGAGUUUUGGCAGGGCGAUGCCAGUCGGCUUCAUCAGCGAUUGCGAUAUGUUUGGAGUAAGGGCGAUUGUCAAUGGGUGAAGCAGUUGCUUUGGCCUUAG